AUGGACGAGCCCACCGGAGAAGGCGGAGCUGCGGGAGCAACGCUGGCUGAACAGCGGCCCGGAUCGCCGCUGCCGGUGGAGACGGCGCCGGUAGAGCCCCUCAGCGUGCCAAGGAGAGGCGAGGCGGCGGCACCGCCCGAGAACCGACCAGAGGAGACGGUGAAGGCCGCGGUGGUAGAAGAAAGGGACCAAGAGGGCGGCGAGCAGGGAAGGGAACCUUUGCACCCUGCGCCGGCUGAGCCGCAGGAAACAGGAGAGGAUGUUCAACUAGAUGAAGGCGAUGAGAGUGAGGGCAGUGAAUACGGCAGCUGCAGCGAUUACGGAAGCCGGGGAAAGCCAGGGACGGCCUUACAGAGGCUCAUCCCAGAAGGGAGCCUGCUCUUCCCGGACACUUUUGAGACGAACCACCUCCUCUUUUAUGAGCGAUUCAAAGCCUACCAGGACUACAUGUUGGCUGACUGUAAAGCCUCGGAGGUGAAAGAAUUCACAGCGGAGUACUUGGAGAAGGUCCUUGAACCCUCAGGGUGGCAGGCCGUCUGGCGUACUAAUGUGUUCGAGGUGCUGGUGGAGGUUGUUGAUGUGGAGUGCUCCACCCUGAAGGCCGUCGUGCGCCUCUGUGAGCCGUUCCUGUGCGAGACCCAGGAGGGCGCUUUUACCCUGGAGCGCAUGCGAGAGCUGCUGGAACUGAAGGAGCACCGGCUGCCGUUGCAGGAGCUGUGGGUCGUCUUCGAUGAAUCGGGGGAGUUUGACCAGACGGCGCUCGCUAUUGAGCAUGUCAGGUUUUUCUACAAACACGUUUGGCGGAGCUGGGAUGAAGAGGACGAUGAUGACUUUGAUUACUUUGUCAGAUGCGUCGAACCUCGUCUCAGAUUGUACUAUGACAUCCUGGAAGACCGGGUCCCUUCCGCUCUUGUGGCGGACUACCACAGCCGGCUUUCCCAGUGUGAGGAGCUCUACCGCAUGUUCUUAGACCUCAGGAACAAUAUCUCAGGCAGCGAUUCGGACUCCGAAGCAGAAAACGUCUCCAUGGUGGAAGGCAUGAAACUCUACGAAAGGAUGGAGCACCUGAAACAAAAGUUGAAGAUUAUUGAAAAUCCUCUAUUGAGGUACGUGUUUGGUUAUCAGAAACGUGCCGGCCUCCAGGCGAAGGGAGUCCGUCCGUCCGGUGCCACCAUCACUCACGUUGUGUCUUCUACCGUGAUGUCCAGCCUCUUGCAGUGCCUGAUCAGGGACAAGCUUUCGCCAGAGCCUUUUAACGAAGAAAUCGAAAUCCAGUUCCACCGUGACCCACAGUCUGCUGUCAACGCUUGCUAUGAAGGGGAUCGAGUCAUAGUAUGUCCUGGUCACUACACCGUUGAGGGCAUGUUGUACAUUGCAGACUCCAUUGAACUAGAAGGCUACGGUCUGCCGGAUGACAUCGUGAUAGAAAAACGAGGGAAGGCAGACGCCUUUGUCGAGUGUACGGGAGCGGAUGUGAAAAUCUCCAGUCUGAAGCUCAUUCAGCAUGAUGCGGUGGAGGGCGUGUUGAGCGUUCACCAAGGGAAGACUAUGCUGGAGAAUUGUGUAUUGCAGUGUGAGACGACGGGAGUUGCUGUCCGAACCUCAGCUGAGUUUUUAAUGAAAAACUCUGACUUGUAUGGCGCUAAGGGUGCUGGUGUAGAAAUCUAUCCAGGGAGCACCUGUACUUUGAUAGGGAGUGGUGUGCACCAUUGCAAAGAGGGAAUCCUCAUAAAAGACUUUUUAGACGAGCAUUACGAUGUCCCCAAGAUCACCAUGGUGAACAACGUUAUACACAAUAACGAAGGCUACGGUGUGGUCCUGGUGAAGCCGACGGUCUCUUUGCAGGCACAAGAGAGCGUGCUAGAAAACGUGGAAGAGCCCACAAAGGCUGUCCAGUCUUCUGAUGGCGCUGUCAGCGUGGGGUGUGAAGACCUGCACAAACGGGCUAGUGGUGAAUUGGGCCCCUACGGAACAGCGGGUGUCUCCGAGCACGCGGAGGGCAAUUCUCAAAUUGCCCACGAACUUUCUGCCACGUCUCUUAAGAAGAGCCAGCUGCACAAGAAAAGGCUGAGUAACGUGGGGAUCACAGAGGCAGAUGACAACCUGAUGUCUCAAGAAAUGUUUGUGUCCAUCGUGGGAAACCAGUUCAAGAGAAACGGGAAAGGGAGUUUUGGAACAUUUCUUUAUUGAUUUUUUGGAAUGGCAUUGAAAUGACACGAUGCUUCCUGGCUGCUGGGUAGCCUUGUUCCGAAGCAGCUAAAACUUUCCCACCACUUGUCCUUUUAAUUUGGUUACUUUAGUCCCUUUCGGUGUGAUUCUAGCGUAUUUAUUCUUUUUAGCAGCGUGUGCUUCGCAUGAGUGAAAUCUGUAUUCUUUGGGGAGAGUUUCGAACACAGAACUCGAGACCAAAAGCCUCUCUAGUGGCGUCUUUUGAACAGUAAGCUUCUUUCCCUCUUCCUAUGCAUAUCACUUUUUUAUAGUAGUAUUUAUUUCUAAUAUAAAACACCCCCUUUUAAAACAAUAAAAAUAAAAUAUAGCUCCGGGCACUAAGAGAAGAAGGCAGUGAGCAGUAUUGUAACCCCCUUUUACCUCUUGAACGUAAGUAAAAAGGAACGUUUGCUUUCCUUUGUAGUAGCUGCAUACCAAUUUCAGCUGUGUGAAAU